UGGCUGCACCAUGGCGGAAGCAGAGGAGAAGGAAAUCAGGUCUAACGAAGAAUCUACGGAUGAUUCUGAGGAAGAUGAGAGUGAAGAAGAACCCAAGCUGAAGUAUGAAAGGCUUUCUAAUGGAGUGACUGAAAUUCUCCAAAAGGAUGCAGCCAGUUGCAUGACCGUGCAUGAAAAGUUUUUGGCACUCGGCACACAUUAUGGCAAGGUUUAUUUACUUGAUGUCCAGGGAAACAUCACCCAAAAGGUUGACGUUAGCCCAGUGAAGAUAAAUCAGAUCAGCCUGGAUGAAAGUGGAGAACAUAUGGGCAUAUGCUCGGAAGAUGGCAAGGUGCAGGUAUUUGGAUUGUAUUCAGGAGAAGAAUUUCAUGAAACAUUUGACUGUCCUAUUAAAAUUGUUGCUGUCCACCCUCAGUUUGUAAGAUCCCACAGCAAACAGUUUGUAACGGGAGGAAAAAAGUUGCUGUUAUAUGAGAAGACUUGGAUGAACAGAUGGAAGCCUUCUGUUUUACACGAAGGAGAAGGAAACAUAAGAAAUGUAAAAUGGAGAGGACACUUAAUUGCUUGGGCCAAUAAUAUGGGUGUGAAGAUACUUGACAUGAUCUCCAAGCAAAGAAUUACCAAUGUGCCUCGUGAUGAUAUAAGCCUUCGCCCAGAUAUGUAUCCCUGCAGCCUUUGCUGGAAAGAUAAUUUAACACUGAUUAUUGGCUGGGGAACUUCAGUAAAGAUAUGUUCGGUAAAGGAACGGCAUGCCAGUGAAAUGCGAGACCUGCCCAGCCGCUAUGUAGAAAUAAUUUUCCAGUUCGAUACUGAAUUCUACAUCAGUGGACUUGCACCUCUCUGCGACCAGCUUGUUGUACUUUCAUACGUAAAGGAGGUUUCUGAGAAAACGGAAAUGGAAUGUUGUGCAAGACCUAGACUGGAUAUUAUUCAACCCCUACCUGAGUCUUGCGAGGAGAUCUCCUCUGAUGCUCUGACUGUUAGAGGAUUCCAAGAAAACGAAUGUAGAGAUUAUCAUUUAGAGCAUUCAGAGGGUGAAUCGCUGUUUUACAUUAUUAGUCCAAGAGAUAUUGUUGUGGCUAAAGAGCGGGACCAAGAUGACCACAUUGACUGGCUUCUUGAAAAGAAGAAAUAUGAAGAGGCUUUGAUGGCAGCUGAGAUCAGUCAGAAGACCAUAAAAAAACACAGGAUUUUGGACAUAGGCUUAGCCUAUAUAAAUCAUCUAGUGGAGAAAGGAGAGUAUGACUUGGCUGCCAGAAAAUGUCAGAAAAUACUUGGAAAAAACACAGAACUCUGGGAAUUUGAAGUUUAUAAGUUUAAAGAAAUAGGACAACUUAAGGCAAUUAGCCGUUAUUUGCCAAGACGGGAUCCAAUUCUGAAGCCUCUCAUCUAUGAAAUGGUCCUGCAUGAGUUUUUGGAGAGUGACUAUGAGGGUUUCGCAAUGCUGAUAAAAGAGUGGCCCGGAGAUCUCUAUAACAAUGCGAUCAUAGUUCAAGUAGUAGUGGAUCACCUGAAGAAAGACCCACAGAAUAGGACCUUGCUCAGAACUCUUGCGGAAUUAUACACCUAUGACCAACGCUAUGGCAAAGCCCUUGAAAUUUACCUAACACUGAGACACAAAGAUGUUUUCCAGUUGAUCCAUAAACAUAAUCUUUUCAGUUCUAUCAGAGACAAAAUUGUUCUACUCAUGGAUUUUGAUUCAGAGAAAGCAGUGGACAUGCUAUUGGAUAAUGAAGAUAAAAUUUCAAUCGACAGAGUUGUAGAAGAAUUAGAAAACAGACCUGAGUUACAACAUGUGUAUUUGCAUAAGCUUUUCAAAAGAGACCAUCAUAAAGGACAGAAGUACCAUGAGAAACAGAUCAGUCUCUACGCUGAAUACGAUCGUCCAAACCUGCUGCCGUUUCUCAGAGACAGCACACAUUGUCCGCUAGAGAAGGCUCUUGAGAUCUGCCAACAGAGGAACUUUGUAGAAGAGACCGUCUAUCUUCUGAGCAGAAUGGGGAAUAGCCGUAGUGCACUGAAGAUGAUAAUGGAAGAAUUGUAUGAUGUAGAUAAGGCUAUUGAAUUUGCCAAGGAACAAGAUGAUGGAGAACUAUGGGAAGACCUCAUUUUAUAUUCUAUCGACAAACCACCUUUUAUUACUGGCUUGUUAAACAACAUUGGUACCCACGUUGACCCUAUUCUUCUGAUUCACCGCAUUAAGGAAGGCAUGGAGAUUCCUAAUCUGAGAGAUUCACUGGUGAAAAUUCUCCAGGAUUACAAUUUGCAGAUUUUGCUACGUGAGGGAUGCAAGAAGAUACUUGUUGCAGACUCACUGUCACUAUUGAAGAAAAUGCACCGAACUCAAAUGAAAGGCGUCCGCGUGGAUGAAGAGAAUAUCUGUGAAUCGUGUCUUUCCCCUAUACUUCCUUCAGAUGCAUCCAAAUCCUUCAGUGUGACAGUGUUCCAUUGCAGGCAUAUGUUUCACAAAGAGUGCCUCCCUGUACCUAGCACAAUGUCCCCAUUGCAGUUCUGCAACAUCUGCAGUGCUAAGCACAGAGGACCAGGCAGUGCGAUCUUGGAGAUGAAAAAAUAGCAUUCUCCAUAUACUCUCACACAUGUCUGAGAACCAUUUUGUGGCACUGAUGAUGAUGCUGUUAAGAGAUUGUAUAUAAUUCUGAGUGUGAUUUAAAACAAAUUUCUAAAAAGUAUCAGUUUACUGAAAUUUCCUUCUAUAUCUCCAGAAAGAAAAGUGGCAAAACAAUAUAUAUUCACCUGCUAUAUCUUUGUUACACAAUGCAGAUUUCACCAGUCAUAUCCUUAUUCUUCACUAAGUAAUGAAAAUAUAAACCUAAAUGGAAACAAUUGGAGAUUAUCCUUGGCACAUUGUAUUACAGAAUACAUGUACCACAGUUUGAAACCAAAUCCGAAACCACAGUUAGAUAUUUGUAUGUAAGGUAUGUGUAGUUCUUAUUGAUUUCAGUGGGACUGCUCAAAUACUUAAAGUUAGGAAGUUAGUACCUUCCUGAAUUGAUACCUAAAUAAAUAAGUUAUUAAUAAGUUCCAGUGACUGUACAUUUUCACCCAUCUUGUUAGAAACUGGUUAUUUUAUGUCAUUUGCAGACAUAACCUCCAUGGUGCUUUCAUUUGUAUAGAUAUUUACUAUGUUAAGCAAAUCCUUCCUUCCUUCCUUUUUUUUUUUUUUUUUAAACUGGCAAGUUUUUAAAUGUUACCAGUGAGUGUCUUUAGUCUGUUGCUUAAUAACUAUAACUAUAGUAUCUCUCUUGAGUUGCUCAAAUAUAGAAAAACAUCUGGGCUUUACAAGAAAAUAUCUCCAAGAGCUUCAUAAACCAAAAGAGAGAAGGUCAAAAUAACUAUAGUUUAUGAUGCCAACAAAAAUGCAGUGGUUUUUUUCUUGUUUUCCUGGUGCUCUGUUUUUAUUAUUGACAUACAGCAUAUAGAUACAAGGGGGAAUCAAUCUUCAAAAGAUGAAAAAAUUAUACAGACACCACCUCUUCAGAGUUAUUGCCACUUUUCUAGUAUACUUAAAAUGUAAAAUAUGUGUGCAGUAUAUAUGAGCUCUUCAGCUGAUCACUCUUGUCUAUACUCUUUCACCUUCAUACGUGACAGUCAGCUCCUCAGCUGAUGUAAAUUGGCAUCACUCCACUGAGAUCAAUGGAGCAAUGCUAAUUUACAUCAUCUGAGAUUGUGGCCCAGAGUAUUUAACAAAUCAAUGCUUCAUUCUUUGUUGUCCCAUUUAUGCUUUACAAGUACAUUAUAAAUGGGCUUUGUUACCUCUGGUGAUAGUAAUGCUGUAUAUCACUUAAUAUUGGAAAUAAAAUUGUAAGUGUUGCAUUAAAACUAGUAUAUCUUCAAAGAA